AUGGAGGAUAUCAUUACAGAAGAGCAAUGGAGCACUUUUGAUGAGCAAGUUUUACUAGAUUGCUCCCAUGACUAUGCCGAUUUUGCAGAUUUUACUGAUGUGGCCUGCGUAGAAAUUGAAUCAAAUCACACUCAGCUGUGUACAUGGACCGAUCUAUUCCUAGACAAUGGAGUAGAACACUGUUGGUCCCCGUCACAAAUCCAUUCAAUGGAAGAGGAAUUAGGGAAAAUCAUAAGAAGUCCCCAUCAAUGUGAAGAGUCAAUGAUCCAGCCCGAACAUGGCGUGUAUAGGGUGCGUAGUUGUUCUGGUGAUCAAAAAGCUGUAAAUUAUGAUUGCAGUUCGGGCAACACGAAUUUUAGCUUUGGCUGUGAUGGCUUCAUGCCGUCUAGUACUAUGGAUUCAGAAGAAUACAAGGGACUACGACUUGUGCAUCUCCUAACGGCUUGUGCUGAGGCAAUCUCUAAUGGUACGCAUGAUCUUGCUGAGAUUAUAUUUUGCAAACUAACAGAACUAGUUUCUCCAACAGGAAGUUCUAUGGAGAGGGUGGCUUACUAUCUCUCCCAGUCCCUACGCCAAGCCCAUCUCUCUGAAGUUGAUGGUGCUGCUGAUGAUAUGUGCAGGCAUAUGUUCAAGGACUACAAUAGUACCACUGAGGACCCCAAUUAUUUAGGGGCGUUUGCUUUGCUGAACCUGGUUUAUCCAUAUAUCAGGUUUGCACAUUUCACGGCCAACCAAAGCAUUUUGGAAGCUGUCACUCUUAAUGGUUCACCCUUGGAAGAGGGCCGGAUUCUGCACAUAAUUGAUUUUGACAUAAUAGAGGGCCUGCAGUGGCCGCCAUUGAUGGAAGCUCUUAAAAAUGGUGCCAGUAAGCUAGGUGGCCUGAGACUUACAGCUGUUAAAUGGGAUGAUGAUGAUGGCUGCGAGAAUUUUUUAUGCAAAGACACUGGAAGAAGAUUGUCCGAGUAUGCGAGCUCUCUGGGAAUUCCGUUUUCUUUCGAAGAAACGGAGCUGGACAAUUUGAAAUGGAAUCUCAGACAAAACGACGAUGAUGUAAUUGCAGUCAACUGUAUGUGGGAAUUGCCGCAUAUGCGCAAGCGCAGUAAACAACAUCUAGUAGAGUUUUUCCAUGGCGUAAGGCAUUUGAAGCCAGCUAUUAUAACUGUGGGUAGUGGACCUGCCGGCAUGGACAACCAUGAAAAGCACAACUUCUGCGAGCGUUUCAGUGAAUGUUUGAGGAAUUUGUGUGUAGUUUUUGACUCUAGUCAAGUGGGAUUGCCAGAUGAACAUGGCCUUGCUCGCGCAAACGUGGAAAGUCUCUUCUUGGGGCCAAUGGUUUGCAGAUCAAUGAAUUAUACGCCUGAUAAUCAAGACUACGAUUUGGUUCCUGUCAUGGACGUUGCUCUUAAGGCUGGCUUCGCUGAACGCGACAUCAGCCACACAAAUAUAUCGUACGCAAAAUAUAUUUUAGCAAGCAGUGCGGUGGGUAGUUGGUAUACGGUAGAAUUGAUGGGCAAACAUAAACUAGUGCUUAAAUGGAAUUCUAGUUCUUUGGCAUGCGUUUCUUCAUUUAGGGCUCUUUGA